AACAAAGAAAGGUUAAAGAACAACUCCAGCUGCCUAAAACUCUCCUUCUUACAUUCGCUUGUGUGUCUACAUAGUCACACAACACACCUGGGAUGAUGGAGCGCUGGCCAUUCUGGCCCACUCUGGUCUUCACCUGUUUUUUAAUGCUGUGGCAUGAUGGUGAGGCAGAGGCAGCAUUCACCAUUGACUGGGUGAAGCUGACCCUUCUUCCAGGAACCACAGUGGAGAGAGGCAGCAAACUGACCCUCCGCUGUGAAGUCAAGGUCAGCCACAGUUCCUCACAACUCAUGCACACUCUGAAGUUCCUGAUGGAUGGGAGAGUGAUCUACUCGAAAAACACCAGUGAAGCUAUGGUGGAGUACAGCCUAGUCCCAGCCAGGGCUUCCGACUCAGGCCUUUACGAUUGCCAAGUCCAAAUCUUCAAAAAGGAGAAGAUCAGCGAGAAACAGAGACUCACUGUAACAGGCCUGCAGACCCCACAGCUAAAAGUACAGCCCAACAUUGUGACUGAGGGUGAUGAAGUUAUGGCCACAUGCAGUGCACCAGAGGAGAUCGGUGGUCUGCAUGUCUACUUCUACAAAAACAACCAAGAUCUCCAGAUUAUUUAUAGCAAAGACAAUUCAGCAACCAUUAACAUAAAUUUUCAAGAAUCAGGAAACAUCUCCCUUCACUGUAACUACAUACUUAUGCUGCAUCCCACUGCAGGUCGGUCCAACAACAGCAACACUGUGAGCAUCUUUUUGCAAGAACUUGAGAUAACACCGUCAAUAAGAAUUCUUCCUAAUGCAGUUGUUGUGGAGGGGGACCGAGUGCACAUAAUCUGCAAUGUUUCAGAUUACUCCCAAAGUGGCCUUGAAGUUUUCCUGACCAAAGACACUGUGUUACAUAAAGACCAUCGGACAUUCAGUCACAGCUUUGUGGUAACAGCAAAUGACUCUGGAGAAUAUGUAUGUAAAACUGAAAAGGGCAAUGUUCAGAAGAUCUCCAAGGCCCAGCUACAGGUAGCAGAGUUGUUUUCAAGACCUACUCUAAGCAUGACUCCAGAGUAUGUGUUUGAGGGACAACACUUCAACCUGAGCUGUAGGAGUUUUAAUAUCUCGCAAACACAAAUCACUGCCAAAGUGAAGUACAGUCUGUACAAAGACAAUAACCGUCUAAUUGACGGACAUGUCUUCAACACUACAGCAAGCACAGCCAACAGUGGAAAUUACUACUGUAAGGCUGCAGCUGAGGGCAUCACCAAAGUGAGCAUGCCAUUGGUUAUUAAUGUUAAAGUGCCUGUUUCAGCUCCGGUCUUUCGCACAGUUGGAAAGAUUAUCAUAGGGCAGCCGUUUCAGCUCCUUUGUGAGAGUGAACAUGGAACGCUCCCUAUCACCUACACCUUACUAAAGUUCCAGAAGCCAGUGGCACACAUGACAGUGACUGGUCCUCAGCGUAGUGCUUUAUUCAACAUCUCCUCCAUCAGUCACAGAAAUGAGAGCCACAGCUUCACCUGCAUGGCUGAGAUGCAGGGGUCUCACUACAGCAAAUAUAGUCCAUCUCUCAACACACCAGUCAUAGAAACUGUGUCUGGACCAGAAUUGACUCUUAAAACUAAGGGCUAUGUGGUCACCGAAGGUGUGGAUCUCAUUCUCUACUGUAGUGUGCAGCAAGGAACAGUUCCCAUCACCUUCAGCUGGUACCGCAAUGGAGUUGUGAAGCCACUGAACAGCACACGAAUUAGCAAAACACAAGGAUUUCACAUCAUCAAGUCCAUAACUCGUGAUGACGAAGGGCAAUACUACUGCCAGGCCUACAAUGAUGCUAAUGAGCCAAAGAAGAGUCGUCAAGUCCACAUCGAAGUGAACUUAGCAGGCUGGAAGAAGAUUCUCAGUGGUGUGUCCUGUAUCUUUCUUUUGGUGCUUAUUGUCAUCAUCCUUGUCAUUUUCCUCAAGAAAGCACAUACUCCACGGAAAAGAAAAAGAGCAGUUGAAUUAUCUGUAAAGCCUGCACGUCCUAAAUCCGAAGAUCCCAUGAGGGUGAGUCUGACUCUCGACUUUGAGGACAAUACUGCAGGCAACGCCACUCCUGGUAUCAUGGGCCGGAAUGUGUGGCAUGAUCAUGUAUCAAGCUCAGAAUCUGAUGAAGAGUGCAAGAAGGAAGAGUCUGAGAAGUCUCAAAACGUUGACGAGCCAUCCCUUCAGAAUGUGGACUCUGGAGGAGAGCUUGUUAUGCAUGAUACAGAAACCGUGAAAGAUGAUUUCCUGGAAAUGAAACAAGAUGAAGCGCCCCAUGUGGAUAUUGGUCUGGAGUAUGUUCAACUUAACAACUGUGAACUGAAACCUGAGUAGACUCCCUCUUCACGAGACACACUACAUGUAAUUCAUAUGUAAUUUAUUCGACUUCCACUCCAGCUCCACCUGCCUGCCAGUGAGGAGACCUUGCUGUUGUGUAUUGUAUACAUUCUAUGCCAUUUUAUCAGAUAGUGCUAUUUCUGUAUAUGGUGUGAAUUACUGGUUGCACAAAUCAUUGUGUUGUGAUGUGACAUAGUUGAGAAUAAAGGAUGUGCUUUCAUCAAGA